GUUUAAGUGAUGGCAAAUGUUAUUGAUACAAUUUAGAGGUACACCGACACAAAGACUCAUUCCAAUAAUCCCAUGGAGAACAUGGAUAUACUAGUAGGCAACGGCAUUCACAACGUUCUGUAUCCCAAAUUUGUAUACCAAGACAUUCUACACGUAAACAAUCGCACUUACAAAGAGUGUCACUCCAAAUCCAAUUUCCUGCUGGACAUGUCUCAAUCUGUUCGCAAACGCAUUUACAAAGAUUGUCAUCCCAUGUCUUUCCAUCAGAACAUUCUUCUAUUUGUGUGCAAUCGCAUUUACAAGACUUCUCAUUCCAAAUCGUCCCAUUGGGACAUUUCAUCUUGCGUGUACAAACACAUUCACAAAGUUUGUUAUCCCAAUCUUUUCCACAGGGACAUUCUUCAAUGCGUGCACAAACGCAAUCACAAAGUUCGUCACUCCAACUCUUUCCAUCGGGACAUAGUUUCACGAAUGCACAACGACAUUCACAACGUUUGUGAUCCCAAAUCUUUCCAUCGGGACAUUCUUCGAUUUCUUUGCAAACGCAUUCACAAAGUUUAUGAUCCCAUUUUUGAUCAUCACGACAACUCUCAAUCUCUGAGCAAACGCAUCCAUAUUCUUCAUAAUCCCAAAUUUUUCCAUCAGGACACUCAUAAUCACAUGGUUCACAUGUACAGAGAUCAUCAUUCCAAUCUUCCCCAAGAGCGCAUACGAUGUCUGGAGGGCUUUCACAACAAGC